AUGACGUCAGGCGCUCUGAAAAUGCACCUUCGAACCCACACCCUCCCGUGCAAAUGUCUCAUCUGUGGUAAGGCCUUUUCCCGCCCAUGGCUUCUUCAAGGUCAUUUGAGAACCCACACGGGAGAACGACCUUUCGUCUGCGCCCUCUGUGGAAGGGCCUUCGCCGAUCGAAGCAAUCUGAGAGCGCACUUUCAGACUCAUUCUGAUAGGAAGAAAUAUUCAUGCGAUGCCUGCCCCAAGACCUUCUCGAGAUUGUCGUUGUUGGUUAAGCAUAAACUUUCGUGUGGUGGUGGUGGUGACGUUGGAUGA